CAAUGUGUUCUCUGCCGUCCUACAAAAUUAGUGGCAGUGCGGUAAUGAACUUGAACUGUUUACAUCAGGAAUGACGUCUGUAGCGGAUUUUUACGAAGGAAAGAACGUCCUUGUAACAGGCGGUAGUGGCUUUAUUGGGAAAGUUUUUAUCGAAAAACUCCUCAGGUGCUGCCCUGAAGUGGGUAACAUUUACAUUCUUUUAAGGAGCAAGAAGGGAAAAAGCAUACAGGAGCGGUUAUCCCAGAUCAAGGAUUUGCCGAUAUUCGACGUUCUCAAGAAAAGCAAUUCAGCAGCACUGAACAAACUCAUACCGAUCAAUGGAGAUGGAGCCGAGCUACAAUUGGGUUUGAGCGAUGAAGACAGAGAGCUCCUGGUGAACAAUGUACACAUAAUAGUUCACACGGCGGCUUCUGUUAGAUUCGACGACAGCUUGAAGUAUGCCAUCACUUUGAACGUGAGAGGAACGAGAGAAAUCGUUCAACUAGCCACGGAAGUUAAGAAUUUAUCAGUAUUCGUACACAUUUCCACCACCUACUGCAACACCGACAGGAGCUUGAUCGAGGAGAAAAUCUACCCAGCUCAUGCAGAUUGGAGAGAAGCCAUCGAAAUCGCAGAAACAGUUGACGAAGAAAUUCUGAACGCGAUGGCUUGCAAGUACAUUAGCCCUUUACCAAAUACGUAUACGUUUGCGAAAUCUCUUAGUGAACACGUUGUGGAAGAUAUGUGCAAGGGCAGAAUUCCCGCUAUCAUAAUAAGGCCUUCAGUUGUUGUAUCAACUCUUGAAGAUCCUUUUCCAGGAUGGAAUGAUAAUUUCAAUGGGCCGACGGGAUUAUUAGUAGCAGGAGGAAAGGGAGUAUUGCGAACUGUGCUGGGACAUCCAAAAUCCGUUCAAGACUUUAUUCCUGCUGAUCUUGUAGUAAAGCUGAUGUUGGUGGCUACUUGGCAAAAAGCCCAAUUCGGUGAUAAAAACGAAAUUGAAGUAUACCAUGGCAGUAAAAAUGAAUGCACUCCCAUCAAAAUAGGAGAAGUAGUGAAAAUGGGAGCAGAUCUAGUUCAGGAUUCGCCAUUUUCGCAGAUAUUAUGGUAUCCCAAUUUCAGCAUGACGAGUUGUUGGUACAACUAUUAUAUACAAGUUAUUCUUUUCCACAUAAUACCGGCCAUCUUUCUUGAUUUGUUGUUGAGGCUGGCAGGAAAAAAACCAAUGAUAGUCAAGAUCCAGCGGAAAAUUUACAUAGCCAACGUGAUUUUGGAAUAUUUCUUAAAGCACUCCUGGAAAUUCGACAACAAGAAAUCAUUUUCCUUAAUCAACAAGCUUCAGAAAGAAGACAAAGAAACCUUUGGAUUGUCUGAGAACAUCCUCAGUUGGAGUAAUUCUCAAAUUUUCGAGUUUUUUAAAAAAGGAAAGAUAGGAGCAGCCAUGUAUAUUUUGAAAGAAGAUUUUGACCAUACAAGAAAGGAAUCCAGAAAAAAUCUUUACAGGCUUUGGAUUCUCGACAGGAUAACGAAGGUCAUCUUCUACGGCUUUGUUCUUUAUCUUUUUACAACGAACUACCACGUAUUGAAAUAUUAUUACAAUAGACUGGAGAAUUAUAUCACAAAUCUUUAGUUUUCAAAAACAUUUUGUACUGUUGCAAAUUUUCAUAUAAUAAACUAUCUGAAAAUGAA